CCGUCAUUCUAGGAGGAUAAGAGCAAGAUACUGUUAACAAGUGCAGGAAAUGGCUUUCGGAGUUUCGAUAUCAGUCUAUAUCUUAUUCAAUGCUGUGACAGCAGUGACUGAAGAGGCAGCCAGGACUGUAACACCCCCAAUCACAACCCAGCAAAGUAACUGGACUGUUAACAAAACAGAAGCUGGCUACACAGAAGGACCCAUAGCGUUGAGGUUCUCACAUCCUUGCCUGGAAGACCACCAUAGUUACUGCAUCCAUGGUGUCUGUGCAUUCCACCAUGAGCUGGAGAAAGCCAUCUGCAGGUGUUUUCCUGGUUAUACUGGAGAAAGGUGUGAGCACUUGACCUUAACUUCAUAUGCUGUGGAUUCUUAUGAAAAGUACAUUGCAAUUGGGAUUGGCGUUGGAUUAUUAUUAAGUGGUUUUCUUGUUAUUUUUUACUGCUACAUAAAAAAGAGGUGUCUAAAAUUGAAAUCACCUUACAACAUCUGUUCCGGAGGAAGACCACUAUGAGGCCUUUGUAAGAAAUUUUCAUGAGUCAUUGGUGAAAAUCAGUGGGCCCAAA